CUGCAAUACAAGUAGUAGUUGCGGUACUACUGCUACCACAUCGAGAAACAGUGUAAAAGUAAUAGUAGCAGCAGCAGCAGCCGCGAGAAACAGAAGGGUCUUUAUAGAGUGUGCUUGUGAGAAAGGACAGCUCCAGUAGUAACAAUAAACACAAGACCAACCCUUAUUACUUACUACUUGUAGUACUACUAUUAAUAAUAAUAAUAAUAAUAAUAAUAAUUAUAAUAAUAAUAGCAACAUUAAUAACGAUUUGAACAUUUGUAAUAACUAUAAGAAGAACGGCACUGUCAGCAGUAGUAACCCUUCAAGCAACUGUUAAUAAGAACACCGCCCUCUUUUCUUUUUCUUCGGCUUACUAAAAAAAAAAGGGGGAAAAAAAAAGAAAAAGGAAUAGAAAAACACAAUCCGACAUUAUGCCUGAAAAUAUAACUGUGUCCGAAUUUUUACGGGAGACGUGGGACGAUUACCAUUCGCCGACAACCUCCACCUUUGUUUCAAGAAUGCCUCUCUGCAAAAAUACGAUCUCUGGCCUGGAAGAGAGUCUUGAUUAUGACCGAAGUGGACUUACCAAGAUGAAGAAGUCGAUAAAAGCUUUGUAUAAUUCAGGCAGCAUGCAUGUAUCAAAUGAGGCUUAUUUGGCUGAGAACCUCGAGAGGUUGAGUAAGAAUGCCAGUACACGGGACCAAGAAGAAGAAAUUGGGGAAGCUUUCCUGAAGUUCUCACGAGUUACCAAAGAGCUCUCAGCUUUGAUGAAAAAUCUGAUACAAAGCCUGAACAACAUCCUGUUGUUUCCUCUUGAUACAUUCCUGAAGGGAGAGUUGAAAGGAGUGAAAGGGGACCUGAAGAAACCAUUUGAUAAAGCUACAAAGGAGUACGAGACAAAAUUUACAAAAAUAGAAAAAGAAAAGAAACAGCAAGCUAAAGAAGUAGGAAUGAUUCGCUCUGAAGUGUCCGGCCCUGAGAUUGCAGAAGAGAUGGAAAAAGAAAGAAAAAUGUUUCAGUUACAAGCAUGUGAAUAUCUAAUAAAAGUCAAUGAAAUCCGCACAAAGAAAGGAGUCGAUCUACUACAACAUCUAGUUGAAUACUACCAAGCUCAAACCACAUUAUUCCAAGAUGGUAUCAAAACCAUCAACCAUUUUAGCAGCUUUAUUGAUGGUUUAGUAGGUCAGCUCCGUAAAAUUAAACAAAGGCAAGAUGAGGAGCGGAAGCAACUAAUUGAGCUGAGAGAUGUCCUCAAGAAUUCAAUGUCAUCUUUCAAAGAGCAUGCUCAUCACAGACUCUCAGGAGGGAGUUGGAUACCUUCGUCAUGCAGUUCAGUGUCAGGAUACAGCCUUCACCAACUUCAGGGCAACAAAAGCCAUGGUAGUCAGAAAACAGGUUACCUGCUGAAAAAGAGUGAGGGGCGAAUGAGAAGAGUGUGGCAGAAGAGAAGGUGUAACAUCAAAGAUGGAACUAUGUCCAUCAGUCAUCAAGAUGAAAGUAAAGACCCUGUAAAAUUGAAUCUGCUCACCUGCCAAGUAAAAUUAGUACCAGAUGAUCCUGGCAAGAAAUAUUUUGAUUUGAUAUCUAGUUCAAAAAAUCGAACUUACCAUUUCCAAGCAGAUGAUGAGAAAGAAAUGGAAGAAUGGAUCUCGGUACUAAACAAUGCCAAGGAGGAAGUGUUACUGAAAGCAUUCCAAGACAACAGCAAUUCCACCUCAAUAAAUCAGAGUGUCCGUGAACUGACAUGUAGCAUCAUUGAACGAGUGAAGCAGUUGCCUGGCAACAAGACAUGCUGCGAUUGUGGAGCACCAGAUCCAGAGUGGUUGUCCACCAACUUGGGUAUCUUGAUCUGUCUGGAGUGCUGUGGUAUUCAUCGUGAGGUUGGUGUCCACAUCAGUAGGACACAAAGUAUUGUCAUAGAUGAACUUGGUACAUCCCAGCUGCUGUUAGCAAGAGCGGUGGGUAACAGCAAUUUCAAUGACAUCAUGGAAGCCAAAUUAGCAUUUGACACUUCACUGAAACCAAAGGCGACAAGUGGCAUGAACAAACGUCGAGAGUUUAUCAAGGCGAAAUAUGAACAGCACAAAUAUGUGAUCCAGACAUGCACAGACAAGGAAGACUUGAAACAGGAACUGCAACAAGCAAUUGCAUCAAAGGACGUGUUUGCACUGCUGCAGGUACAUGCUGAGGGAUUGGAGCUGAUGACGACCCUGCCAAAUACAGUAAGUAUAUGUAUAUAUAUAAAAUGUGUGUAUGUGUGUGUGUAUGCUGUUGUUGUUGGGUGGCCUUAAUCCAGCAGACCUAUG